UGGAUUGGUUCCUUUUGCUUGAUCUGCUCUUGGUACGUGUCAUUUGCAUCUAACCGCCGAGCCCUUGAUGCCCAAGGCCAACUUCAGGUAUUCCUGCGUGAGGCCGACCGUCUUGCCGGCCGCCAUGCGCCACCCGUCGUUUGCAACCAGGCGUCCCAAAAAUUUCUUGAAUUUGAACGGUUAUUGCUGUUAUUUUCCCAGGUCGAGCGAUAUCUUUCCCUUUCUCUUUUCUGUGGUGCUCUAAAGUUUGCGACACCCGAGGAUUUCAUUCCUCCCUCGACCCGCGAACGAUUUUGCAAUCCCUCAUUGCAUAGAGCGGAACUUCCAGUAUCACGACAUCAAUAUGGCUCCUCCUUUCCCGAAGACGACUGGCAUAUCACCUGCACCUCUCAGCUUCGGCCUCAACACGCUGUCUCUCAACUUCAUCCCACCCCUCUUCUAUUUCCUUUCCAAAACUCUUGAAGGAAUGUUCUUUCCACCCCAACCCUUCGCCCCUCUCCCUGGCAGCAAAUCCAACCUGCUCGGACCUGUCUCUCCCAACACCUGCAGUCUGACCGAGCCUGAAGAAAUUUCCAUCUACAACGACCGUCGCCGUAUCAUUCAAGCCGGACAAUCUUUACUGGCGUGCUUCUUUACCAUCUUGCUCUGCCUGGCCGCCCGCUACUCCGAGACCAAACUGAACAGGAGUUCCGAUAAAGGGAGGUGUGCAUACUUUCUGGAGCAGUUCAAACUCUUCACUGCUGACUCCAAUGAUCCCACUGAUCGCGAAUGGGACGCUUUGAUCCCCCAUAUGGUCCCUUCACACAACGAUUACCGCAUUAGCCAACGUCGUGAGGCGACCAUAUUACUUUUUCGGGUUAUGAUCUCGGGCUGUUUGUGUCCGAUCGCGGAGUAUCUUCUAUGCGCCAAGGAAGGGGUUGCGGAACGAUUUUACAACCAAACACGUGGAGAGAAUAAUAUAUUGCCGCUUUUCAUCAUCUAUCUGGUCUUCAGAUACGGGACGCUUCCUUGUGUCCUUACUGGAUUGACCAGUGACCUCUUAAUGGGCAUCAUCUUUAAGGGGACGGAAGACGAUAGGGCGGUGGGUUUUUGGGAUAGGUGGAUUGAGAAAUGGAUAAAGGCACACCAGAUGGAGAAUGCAGUGGCAGAGGCAAAGUGGAUGGCUGAGAUGAAUAUCAUCGAGCCAGGAGACGGUAACUUGUACAUCCGUUCUCCGGGGCGAAUCAUCAAAACUCAAACAAUGUACGCAAAAUGAGGCUUUCUUGCCUGACAUAUAUUAGCAUGUGUACUUGGGUGUGUUCAAGUCCUCCUCUCCGUGUUGCGGACUUGACUGGAGGAGAAAUGGCUCCCCGCUUAUAACCAC